AUGAAGCUGGGACUUCAAGGGAUAACCGUGGUUAUGGCGUCGGGUGACGAUGAAGUCGGUUCGUACCCCGGGGAUGACAGUCACAAGAACAGGUGUGCUGGCGAGCAGGGCGACAUGGAAGGGAGGGUUCUUCACCCGAGUAGGUCGGUAAAAAGCGAUGCGAGUUCAAUGUCCGUAUCCAUCGCCUCGUACUUUUCCCAAGUUGGACCGCAACUCGAUUUUACCAGCUACGCUAUACCCAAACUCAUUGCAACGAACUUUACUAUCAACAAUGACAGCAACCUCAACCUCGGAAGCGGCGUUUACAAUCAGGCAGGCCGUGGCUAUCCUGACGUCAGCGCUGUUGAUGAUCACUAUCUGGUUCGGAUCGCUGGUGAUUGGCACGAGAUUGGAAGCACGUCGCUGGCGGCUCCGGUGUGGGGGGCGGUGUUAACUUUGGUUGCACGUUGA